CUCACUUAUCUCUUCAGCGUUCUAUGGCCGAUUAGAAGUGGAUGCACAUAUGCCAUGGUAUUAAUCGGCUCUAGUAACUACCGAAUAUAUGAACACCAUUAGUUUACCGUGGCAGAUGAAAAUAAUAAAAUACAUGUAAGCUUGUAAACUGCAUGUUGUGUACGUGGCCAUAGAGUAAGAUGAUAUAUAAGAAUGACAUUGGCACUGACACACUCAGAUAGAGAAUUUGAUCUUGACCGUGAAGUGAUUUAUGAAAUAUUGGAAGUAAAAAACCUUUAAUUGUCGAUUUUUCUAUUUUUAGAUAAAUCAAAUUUGCGUUAUUUACUCCAGUACCAUCUGACAUAUUACAAAUCGACAAUUGUCAGAGUUUGAUUGGAUAAUAGUAGAUCAUGAAAAAAUUACAAUUUGAAGUUGAGCUGGCGGCAGAUGAAGACCCGAAGAAUAACAUCUUGAUUAUAAAAUCAGUAACAAAAGAAGAUGGAACAACAUAUCUCAUACCACCAUGUUUGCAAGCAGCGAAACAUCACCCUCAAUUGGUAAAGUUACCAGAAUUUUUGAAAAUAAAAAAAACAUUACAGAGAAGAGGUCAUAAUAGAAAGAUGUGGAUGUCCAUGCCAAGUGAUGUUUUAGCACUAUACAUGGAUGAUGCUGAAAAUAUGGUAUUUAAUGAUUAUUUAUUACAAGAAAUGACUCAAGUCACAAGCCAAUCUAUUACAGAUGGAAAAUUAUUGGAAAUAUUAGAGAAAUUAAGUGAUCAAACCAAGGUCAACAAAGAAAAACAUAACAAGUUAAGCAAAUUGAAUGAAAAAUUUGUUUUAAAGAAGUUUGAUAACAAAAUCACUAACGGCAAACAAUGGUUGCAAAAUUUUGAGAGUGAAUGUACAAGAUUUGAUUUAAAUGAUGAUACAGAGAAAAUUAGUGCUUUGAGAUUAUUUUUAAAUGACUCAGAAAGUGACUGGUAUGAGUCUAUGUUAAUUAAACACAGCUUAAACUCGAUGUGGCAAAUAUGGCAAGCAAGUUUCCUAAACACGUUCGCAGAUAAAAGUUGGUCCUCUGUAAUGUAUGCAUUGAGUUUCAAACAUUUAAAUGGCUCUCUUCUGGAAUAUGCAUUGAAAAAGCAGAGAUUGUUACUCGAGUAUAAUAGUGAUAUAGAUACCAGAACUCUCACUGAUUUAAUUGUUAUAGGAUUGCCAACUUAUAUUACAAGUAAACUAGAUAGACAAGAGGUAACCGACCCAACUCUUCUGUUUAAUGCCUUACGGAUGCAUGAAAGUCAGAAUAAAUAUGUACAAAAACAUUUUACUGAAAAGAAAAGCUCGACUAAAACAGAAGCUGAAUAUAAAAAAAAAAUACCUUGUCAAAUAUGUUACAAGAUGGGAAAGAAAAACAGAUUUCACUCUGAAGAUUUGUGCUGGUUCAAAGAAGACAAGAAGAGUAACGACAGUGUAAGACACUGCAAAAACUUGAUGUUGGAGAUUGAUGAAUUUCAGGAUACAAAAAACUAAAUAUUCCCCCACUAAUAGAUGUUGAAGUUACACUGGAUGACACAUUGAACUGCACAGGUAUUUAUGACCCUGGCUCAAAUAUAACCUUAAUAAAUUCCAAAUUAAUAAAAGUAACAAA